CGACAGACGCUUUUUGGUUUUUUCACAUCACAAUUCAUUUUUUUACUCUUAUUGAUAAGUCAAUAAAUACACACCUUAAUUACGAAUAAAAUUGUGUUACGAACAUUAAAUAAUUAAAUAUACGUUUGUUGAUAGUUUAAUGUGAAAAAGAAAUGAACAAAUGAUACAGAAGUUGAUUAAUUAUAAAAAUUUUGCAUAGACAAAAAAGAGUGCAAUAGUGAAAUGUAAAUAUACUAAGUGGAUAAUGAAACAUAUGCAUGUGGUGGUGAUGCUGUAAAUCCAGAAUCAAAUUAAAUACGGAAAAUUACAUAAAUACUAUCCAGCAGAAAGGAAAAACUUGCAGACAUUUAUCUUAACACAUCUAUUCACACCAGAGAUACCCAUAAAAGCCCCAAACAUACAACAAUAGCAACAGUGGUCAGUGGUGUCGAACAAAGUUUGUGCUAUUCUGCAUGUCUGAAUUUGUUAAACAUGGUGAAAUUGACCACCGACACCAUACGCUUCUAUAUUAGCUUCCUGAUUACAAAUCAUGACAGAAGGAGGACAUGAAAGCGAUUUUCUAGUAACAGUAAGAGCGCAGGUAAUGACUAGAGACGAAAGUACCGAAGGUUGGUUACCAUUGGCAGGGGGUGGUCUGGCCAACGUUUCAAUUCGUAAACGUGCCAGGCUAUCCCCUGGGGCUACUGGACAUGAAUAUAUCAUUUACGGGCAGAGAAUUUCGGAUCAAAGUGUCAUUCUAAGCUGUGUUAUAAACCGUGACUUGAAAUAUUACAAAGUCAUGCCAACUUUUCAUCACUGGCGCGCUGGUAAACAGAGGAACGGUCUAACUUUUCAGGCAGCGGCCGAUGCCAGGGCUUUCGACAAAGGUGUUCUACGUGCAUACAAUGAACUCAUAGAUGGCAUGGCUAAAUCAAAUCCUUCCAUUAUUUGUCCCCCAUUGACCAAAUAUGAUUCUGUUGGAGAAGAUGAUGUUUUUAUGACUUUGGACUUACCAUGCGAAUCUUUGGACAAUAAGCAGAAAGGGCAAUCAAGUCCAGAAGGGAGUGAAAAUAGCCAAUCCAGCUUUACUGAUCGCGGGGAACGAUUUAACGAAGGAACACCAGAAAAGAAUGACAAAGAAAUUGCCAAAAUUCAUUACAUAUCGGGUGAAAACUCAUGUUUGCAAACUAAUCAACAACCAGUCACUUCUAUUGCAACAGCUCAAAAGAAUGUUUCGGCCACCACCGCUACUACAACGACAACUACAACAGCAACUGUUGAGACAUCACCAGCUAUAGCUCCUAGCGAGAAUUACUCUUAUGUAACAUUAACAGCGGUUCAUGACUACAAUUAUCCUGUGGUAGAUCAACCCGUUGCAGCACAAGUUCUAACGCGCUGUGACUCAAUAACAACACUGAAGAAACUUAACGCGAUCGAAGCCUCGCACUGUCUCGUAUCUCAGUCUUCGCCCAUUUCAAAUGUUCUUAUCAAGGAUCCUGACAUUGAUAUUCUCAAACACAAGAUGCAGAAAUCAUCACAUAAUCAAAUGAGAAUGAGAUGUCGCUAUUGCCAAGAACUCUACAGUGAUGAAUGGAAUCGUCGUGGUGCUUGUGAAUUUGCACCGGAUUGUUUCCGUUCCGGCUUUGAGUGUAUAUCUGGUAUUGGUUGUGCGCGUUGUAUGCUUUACCAUUUUAUGAAGGACUCCGAGGGAGAAACGCCCCAGCAUCCGUGUGAAUGCAAUGGUGAGAAUGGCUGCACUAAACGGUGGAUCGGAUUAACCUUAUUGUCGCUAUUAGUGCCCUGCUUGUGGUGCUAUCCACCAUUAAGAGUAUGUCAUCUAAUUGGCAUAUCGUGUGGAAUUUGCGGUGGGAAACAUAAACCGCAGGUCUGACAUUGGGAGGCUGAAUUACAAAACAAUAAAUUUACUUUUAGUCAACAAAAGCAAAGCUACGAUGAUCCAUAUUCCUCUACUUCAUAUUACAAUUUUGACAGCAGUAGGCAGCAGCGUCAAAAGCAGCAAACAAACCAUUACGAAUGCAUCAAGCAUCAUCAUAAACCUUCAACAGAACAACAUAUUAAAGCACAAACAAAUGAUUAUGGCAAAGUUUACUAUUGACCGUAAGCAAGUGAAAUUCAUAGUUUUCAAAAGAAUAAUAGACAAGCGUACAUAGUGCAUAAUCGGAUAUAAUCAAACGUCAUGAGAAGGUAACCAACCAGCAACAUACUACAUACUACAUACUUACUUAUUUGUUCAUUUAAUCUUUGUUAUAUCUUAAGAUGUACUAGUCGAUAUAUAUAUAGACUUGCGGUUGAGCAGCUCGAAACUAUAUUCACUGAGUUCUCAGCAAGUUGUGUUAAUUGAUGCGUCAUGUCUUAUUCAGAACAGCAUUUGUAGUAUUUAUUGUUUUAAGUUAUGUAUGUUUUAGUUAUCCUUUUUUUUUAGUUAUUUGUACAUAUAAUGAACUAUAUUAUUUUUACACAAUACUUCAAAGAAGUACCUGUAUUACUAUUAAAAAUCAACCAACAUACAAAAACACACGCACACAAAAUGCCGAUUUUUUUGCAAACAAAUUUAAUUUGUCCUAAAGAAAAUCAGAAGCAUUAAAAUAUGAUUUAAAUUGUUUUAUCUGAAACGCCAGCAACACGCACACACACACACACAAGCACAGAAGAGAAACAACUAAAAGAAGAGAAGGAAAACUGAAUAAAAACAGUAUUAUUAAUUUUAAUUUAUUUCCUAUAAUAAUUCAUGUUUGAAAGCAAAACCUACAACCUACCAACACCACGAGCGACAUUUCAAUGAAGUGAAGCUUGAAGUGAAUUGCUUAUAUUGCACGGGUUGUGCAUGAGAAAACAAAUAUUUCAAUUUCCUUGAAAAAUACUCAAAACAGUGUCUCGGCAGCAAAUUUCCAACACCCAACCAACCAGCUGAGUUGGCAAUGGCAAAAUGCAGCACAAGUUUCGUGCACACUACUACUACUACUACUAAUUCCCUAAUUUGCAUAAAAUGUUGGAUGCACUUUUUCGCCUCUCUCUCCCACCCUAGCCCCCUUUCACAUAUGUUUCAAUAGUUUUUCUUCCCUUGCGAUUAAAGAUAAUUAUGUGAUUUUUUAUACAGUUAAUUAUUUGUUUAUUUCUACUCUAAAUAUUUUUAUAUACAUACAUAAAUAUAUACAUGUUACAUGUGCUAAAAACAAAACAAAAACAAAAUCAACAAAAUAUUGAUAUUAACUAACCUAAAGUGAGAUGAUUGCCAUGACAAUUUUCAAAUUAAACUUUAAAACAUUCACAGUAUUCACAUUUGUCCACUAAUUGUUAAAAAAAAAUAUUUUUGUCUUCUUUUUUGUAAAAAAAAAAACUCUUAUUUUUUAUAUACGAAUAAUUUGUUUACUUUAGGGCUCAAAGUAUACAAAUUAUUCUGAAAUCAAAAUCAAAAUGAACGUACCACACAAUAAUUACUGACAUUUGUGAAUUCGAAAAACUGUAAACUAACCACCAACCAACCCAUACUAAACCUUUGAAAAUCUCACGGUAAUCAAACAAAUCACACUCUAAACUUUAAUUGUAAACAAAUACCAACAUCAAAUAUAAACCAUAAACAAUGAUAUGUAUUGUAAGUUAUUUGGAUUGAAUAAAAACAAAACAAAACAAAACCAAACUAAUAUUUAUUAAUAUAUGAAAUCUUAACAAAAAAAAAAACAAAAAAAAACAAAAUCAUAAUUUCAUAAUUUAACACAACAAAAGGCAGUAAAGGCUUAAAACAUUUGUUUAAAAACAAAAUUUAAAGGAUAUUAAAGAACAAAAGAAAAAAAAGAAGGAAUAUAAAAGCAAAACGAAAUAUAUCCAUUCAAAAUGUGGAAAAAGUGAACAUUUUUAUUAUUACACUAUGUAAAAACAUUUUCAAAUUAAUUCAACAUUUCUUUUUGGUUUCAUUUUGCGUUUGUUAUAUUGUUAAAGACAUUUGAUUUACUAUUUCUGUUAAAUUGUGGAUAUUAAAAAAUCUAUAGAAAACUAAGUUAAAAAGGUUGUUACAAUAAAACAAAACAAAACAAAAAAAAAAAAGAAGAAAGAAGAUACUAUAAUUUUUUUUUCGAAAAUAUAUGUAUGAAUGCAUAUGUACACACACAUACACAGACACACACACAUGUACUGUGAACUCUAAAAGCUAUUGGGAAAAAUACUUAAAAGUAAAUAACAAAAAUAAUAAUAAAAAUAAUGAUACGAUGUAUAAAAAGAACAACAACAACAACAAAAUUCUUAGGACAAAAUGAUUUUUGUGCAGGAGUUGCUAUGACACAAAUAACUAACAAAAACAAGCAAAAAAAAAAAAAAUCAUACAUAAUUAAGUACAAAUAAAAAGUAUCAAAAUUAUAUAAAAACCAAAUCAAUAAAAUACACUAUGAAAAUGCAAAUUAAUUAAGUACAAACUAAUAAAACAAACUUACAAAAGAAAGAAAAAGAAAAAACCAAACACAAUUUCCCCUAAAGGAGUUAUUCCGACUCCCAACUACUACACAGAUGAAAUAUUUUACAUUGAAAAUGUAAAAUAUCUGAAAUGAAAAACAACAAUAGUUUUUGCCUAAAUAACAAGAAAAAAAAAACAAGAGUACUAUGUUAUCACAACAACCAACCCAACUAUAUAACUGUAAACCUUAAUAGCAACAAAAACCAAACGGAAGGCUUAAGGGAAAUAGACUACCUAAAAGGAUAAUGAGUAUAUAAUAAUAAUAAUAACAAUAUUGGAGAUUAUUAUUACCUUCAUAUUUCCACAAAAUAGUUUUCGAAUCAUUCUAUUUCAAGAGAACCCAAAAUAAAAGGAAAGCAACAAAACAAACAAACAAACACACAAAACACAGCA